UAGAGUGAAGGAGAGAGACGGAGGAUUGUUUCUUUCCCUGGAUGCCAGAAGCACCAGCAACAGCACCAGCACCAGCAACAGUAGCAGCAGCAGCAGCAGCAACUCGGAUCCGGACGAGAGUGCCGCCGCGUCUCGGAGGAGUCCUGUUCCUCGGGACACAGGCGUCUGGCGCGGUGAGAUGUGAAGAGGCUUGAAGUAUGGCAUGCAGAGAUGGUUACUGCCAAGAAGAAGGAGACGGUGACAGCGAUGUGCCCCGCUUUUAUUCGGACCCUCUUCUACUUUUUCUGUUUGGCGACUUGUGUAAAGAAAAUCUCUGGACAGACAAAGAAGGAUGAAAGGAUCCAUCCGGAGAAUUUUACUCGAAUUUUAGACCGACUUCUGGACGGCUAUGACAACAGGCUGCGACCAGGAUUCGGGGGUCCUGUGACUGAAGUCAAGACUGACAUUUAUGUGACAAGUUUUGGGCCUGUCUCAGAUGUUGAAAUGGAGUACACAAUGGACGUGUUCUUUCGCCAGACGUGGGUGGACCGGAGGUUGAGGUACGAGGGCCCGAUAGAGAUUUUGAGGCUGAACAACCUGAUGGUAAAUAAUGUGUGGACACCAGACACCUUCUUCAGGAAUGGCAAGAAGUCAGUCGCUCACAACAUGACGGCCCCCAACAAGCUUUUCCGCAUCAUGAAGAACGGCACCAUUUUGUACACCAUGAGGUUGACUAUUAGUGCUGAGUGUCCCAUGAAGCUUGUGGACUUCCCAAUGGAUGGACAUGCGUGCCCACUCAAGUUUGGAAGCUAUGCCUAUCCUAUAACAGAGAUGAUCUAUACUUGGACCAAAGGGCCUGAGCAUUCAGUGGAGGUCCCUCCCGAGUCCUCCAGCCUCGUUCAGUAUGAUCUCAUCGGCCAGACGGUCUCCAGUGAAACCAUUAAAUCCAUCACAGGUGAAUAUGUGGUGAUGACGGUCUACUUCCACUUGAAACGUAAAAUGGGCUACUUCAUGAUUCAGACGUAUAUCCCCUGCAUAAUGACAGUAAUCCUCUCCCAAGUGUCCUUCUGGAUAAAUAAAGAAUCGGUCCCAGCACGCACAGUCUUCGGCAUCACCACUGUCCUGACCAUGACGACACUCAGUAUCAGCGCUCGCCACUCCCUUCCCAAGGUCUCCUACGCCACGGCGAUGGACUGGUUCAUCGCUGUCUGCUUCGCCUUCGUCUUCUCUGCCCUCAUCGAGUUCGCUGCUGUGAACUACUUCACCAACGCGCAGAUGGAGCGGGCCAAAAAGAAGCCGGCCAAAUGUCCUCCGGUGCCCCAAACCACGCCUGUCAAGGUGAAGGACACAGAGGAAGUGCUGCAGCAGAAUCCUGAUAGCAACGGUAACCUGAGAAAGCGGAUGAAUUAUAUUUCCCAACAAGAGGCCAUCAGUCACCGGAGAGCCCAGUCCACCACCAACAUUUCGGGAGUGGGGAGAGCGAGAGCGCUUCGUCCUUUAGCCAGCGGCGUCAACGGCAGCUCCUCCACCCUGUCCCGCUCCAGCCCCAAAUCUGAGAGCCUGCUGAGCGUGGCCUCCUCCUCUGCCCAGCUGGUGAAGACUGCGCCCCAGGCUGCAGCUUCCACACCAGACGUGAUGGCGGCGACGCCGUGCAAGCAGAACGCCAGCUCCUCGUCUCUGCAGCAUCUGCUGGGGCCCAAGCUGGAGCGCAUCCAGAUGAUGGGGAUCAAACCGGAGCUAAAGCAGACACCUUGCUCCCAGCCCACCACUGCUGGCAUGGGUGGAACCAGCAAAAUUGACAAGUACGCGCGGAUCCUGUUCCCAGUGUCCUUCGGGGCUUUUAAUAUGGUCUACUGGGUGGUUUACUUAACGAAGGACACGGUGGUGGCUAAAGGUGGCUAGGCUUUGCUCUGGCAGAGAAGAGUGAAGUCAUUUCUUUCAACAGAUGGGGAAACGAAUAAGGAUUAUGGGACUUUGGGAACAAUAAGAGGAAACUAUUGUUCUCGCCAAACAGAUAAAGAAAAUGUGCUCGCCGAGCACUUCCGUAUCUCGGAGAACACAGUUGUUUUUUUUUUCUUCCUCAACAGCAAGCAUGGGAACAAAUCAACCAAAUUAGAAAUAUCUGACUCAACAUAAGAAGGAACACCUGCACACUGGAAUAUGCUACGGUCCUCUUUGUAAUGGCUAUGUCUGACUGUAAAAGUCUGCAUUGGCUUCAACUGCCUCAUGAUCCCUUUUGGCCUUCUGUCAAGAUAAAGCAUGGGAUUUUUUCAUUUUCCUAUUUUUGUAUCCCUGCACCUGGCAAGAUUUUUCGGAUCUGUGUACCUACGUCCCGAAAUGAACUGCACCAACGCUAUGUAAAUAUAUGAAUUUAUUAGGAUAACAGAUUUAUAUAUUUAAUGAUUACAGUGUACUUCCAUUUGAAUAUUAGGACUUGUUGCUUUGGUGCCAGCGGGCUAGAUGAGGCAAAGUCAAAUUAUAUGAGAGAAUAAAGGGGCUCCGUUGUUGUUUUUCUUGAAUUUCAAAUUUGACUGAAAAUGACUGAAUACAGGCCAGAUGAUGGACAAACUAAAAUGAGAUAGUCCUCAAACCAGGCUGAGAGGAGCUUUGGCCAGGACCGAUCAGCCUGGAAAAGCCCUUAAGCAACUUUCUUACACGAGAUGGAUUAACUAAUCUGAAAACAUUGAAAUACCGAGGAUGAAAUUUGGGGAUCAGUCGGGUAGAAAAUAAUAAACACAAGUUAUUAAUUCAUGUAACAGUAGGAUUUAAGCGUAUCUUCCUGCCACAAUGGGUUGCCCAAUAGUAGACAAAGAUUGUUCAAGUGAUUAAAAUACAGUCAUAGCACGAAGCUAAAUCGAGGAAGCUGUUCGUCAGCAGAUCACUGCAGCAAUAAAAUAGGGAGUUGGUUGCUUGUUUAGGGACACGUUGGCAUGUACAAUAAAGGGAUGUGACUGUGUGAGUGUUCAACAGCUGCUCAGGAGCUGACUGCUGUCAUCCUUCCUUUAGGUGGUUCUAUACCCUUUCAGUUUUAACACAUAUUACAUUAUUUUCACUGCAUUUCAUGGUGUUAAUCAUGGUAACAUUCUCAUGGGUGACUGGAUAAGGUCUACGGAGCAGAGCCCCAAGUAGUGUUGUUUCAUAAAGCUGCAGGGGAGCCCCGAUCACACCCCAUUUUUAAGGUUAAGCAAAAGAAAAAGGCUGGCUUUUUGUUAAAGGCCUAAAGUAGGACAGCCUGUUGAGUUUUGUUUUUCAAUCAUUCAUUCGGCUACUGUUAAUUGUUACAGCUCGAAUUAGGGUAAUGGGAUGAUAACUGUAGCUACACUACAUUACCAAGAAAAAAACAACCCUAAUAGACCUCUGAGUGCAGCACUG